AUGUCACAAACGUCGCCUUUGCAGGGUGGCCCGACGGACAAAGAGAGGAAAUAUGAUCGGCAGCUUCGUCUGUGGGCCGCUUCGGGCCAAGCCGCCCUCGAGUCCUCCAACGUUCUCCUUGUCAACUCGGGCUCUGGCACGGUAGGCGUCGAAACGCUGAAAAAUCUCGUCUUACCAGGUAUCGGCCAAUUCACGAUCGUAGACGAUGCCGUCGUAGAAGAUGCCGAUCUUGGCGUCAACUUCUUUCUAGACGAAUCAAGCCGUGGCAAGUCACGCGCUCAGUGUGCGACAGAACAUCUUUUAGAGCUCAAUCCCGAAGUCUCUGGUCAAUGUCGGGCCAAGGGCUCACUUGACCUUCAAGCGGUGCUCUCGAGUGUGACUCCAUAUACGAUUAUACUAUACGUCUUGCCAUUACCGGCUGAGUCAAUACACAUUAUCGAAGAGUACAGUCGCCUUCGCAGCACUCCCUUGGUAGCUAUCCGCUCUGUGGGCUUCUACGGUUACUUUCGCAUCACCUUCCCCGAUGUCUUCCCUGUUGUAGACACGCACCCCGACAAGACGUCGACUGCCGACCUCCGACUCCUCAACCCCUGGCCAGAGCUUUUGCAAUUUGCACAAGAUUUGACAAAGAACAUUGACGACUUAGAUGACAACCUGCACGGGCAUUUGCCUUUGGUGGCUAUCUUGCUGCAUAACCUGGAGAUUUGGAAGCAAAAUCACGAUGGCGCUGCUCCGACGGAAUACUCUGACAAAAUUGCUUUUCGAAAACAAGUCUCGGAAAGUAUGCGAACGAAUAACGCAGAAGGUGGGGAGGAAAAUUUCGAAGAGGCGGCCGGCGCUGUCAUGAAGCACAUAAUCGCGCAAUCUCUCCCUGAAUCUCUGCGCCAAGUUUUUGAAUAUGACAACACAGAAAAGGCCAACUCUUCCUUUUGGAUAAUCGCACAAGCAGUUUCGCAGUUCUAUCAGAAGCACGGGCAACUGCCUGUGAGUGGUGGACUGCCCGAUAUGAAGGCUCAAUCAAGCGUAUAUAUCCAGCUCCAGAAUAUUUACAAGAGUAAAGCUCGCCAAGAUGCUAGCGAAGUCUUCGAUAUUGCUCGAGGCAUCGCAGCAGACGUUGUAACCGACCCGGCUGAGGUUGAGCAAUUCUGCAAAAAUGCGCGAUUCAUCAAGCUCAUCAACUUUUCUCGGACUGCGCCGAAGAUUGAAGAUAUAGUUGCGAACGAGCUAAACCAAGAAAAGAUGGCUGCCACUGCUGGCCUCGAAAUGCAGUCGUCUUUGAUAUCCCUCUAUCUAGCCCUCAGCCUCUCACCAAACUCCCUUGCGCCAUCUGCAGAGGCAAUGCGAGAGGCAAUUUACGCGCACGCCCCCUUGCUACAAGGUCACAAGAGAACAAGGCAAGUCACGGAAGAGGUUGCACGCGCCGCCGGAGGCGAAAUGCACAACAUUUCCGCAGUUCUCGGAGGCAUGGUAGCCCAAGAAGUGAUCAAGGUCGUCACAAAGCAAUACAUUCCGGUAGACAAUACUUGCAUUUUCGACGGUAUUGAGAGCCGCUGUCAGCUGCCAGAAGGUCCAUGGAUGCGCGAGGGCAUCAAACACGCGCCCACACUUAAGAGCACAACAUUCAAGGGCAUACGCAUUGAGGCUGAUAUUAUGGAUUUACCACUAGCUUGCAACAAUUUGAAAUGCAGGGCUGAGCUAAACGAUCGUGCGCUGGUCACGACAUGCCAAUGCAGCCACAUCUUCUGCUUGGAGUGCACAAACCGCUUCUGCCUCUCUGGGCAGGACCGGCAAAAUCGAGUGCCAUGCCCGGCCUGCGACACACAGCUCAGCAGCCCCGACGACGCCGUCAUCUCGAACCUAAAGCCGUCCGAGGCCUACAAGACAAGCAUCCUCAGCGGCCUCUCGCCCAGCAUCAUUAUGGAGUGCGCCGGUCGCGCGCUCAGCUUCUGGGCGUAUCAGACGACGCAAAAUAUCUACUACCAGCAGUACCUCUACAAGACACUGCCGGAAAAGUACGCGACACUCAGCGGCCGCCUCGAGCAGACGGUCAACGAGGCCAACGCGCAGAUUGAGACGCUGCAGCGGAAGAUGAGCACCCUGACGACGGAGAAUGAUAAUUCGAGGAAGAAGAAUGAGGAGUUGUCCAAAGCGUACAAAGAAAAGAGCCGGCAGCUGCUGCAAACGCAGGAGCUGCACGACAAGUUGCGGCAUACGGUGGAGAUGGGCCACAUUCAGCGCGCGGCGACGGACGCAAUUGAUUCAAGAUUUCAGCAACAGCAGCAUCAGACGUCGAGACAUUUUGCGCCGCAGCACUCGGCGCCUUAUAAUAGUGCACAUACGCGGCCCGGGAGUGGCGCGGGCUUCCGUGGGUAUGGGCUGGCGGUCGAUCAGGAACGCGCACCGGACGGUGGAAUUCGCGGCGGUUUAAUAGACACAGGUGCUGGGCCCUGGAGGCGAGAGCCUUCAGUAACCGGUCAUGUUUCAAACGGACCGCCAAACUUUUCACGGUUUGGGGCUAGAGGAGUUCUGGAUGGCGAGCGCGGACUGGGGAUGGGACAUGUACCAAACAGUGCAGAACGGAGAAGGAAUACUGAGCUUGGCAGUGCAGGAAAGCAUAUAGGAGGACUUAGUUCAGGGAUCAAGGUCAGUCAACCGAUGAGUAACACUGGGCAUCAACACGCGACGGAGGGAUUCAUGGGGAUACGAAACAUUUAG